GAGGCGGCGGAGCGGCGGCGGCCCCGGUGGCUGCGCCGCUCGGCGGGGCCGGGCUGGGCGGGGCCGGACGUGAGCGAACUUCCGCGGGCGGCGGGGCCGCCAUGGCGGCAAAAAGUCCUGCUGAUAGUACUCCAAGAAGGCCUGUUUUAUCUGUCAGUGCAAGAAAAAUUAAAGAUAAUGCAGCAGACUGGCAUAAUUUAAUGAUGAAAUGGGAGAGACUGAAUGAUAAUGGAUUUACUACGGCAAACAAAAUAGUCAACAUGAAGAUCAGUGAGCAAUUUCAAGACAGAAAACUGGAGAUAGCAUGUGAUACCAGUGUCACAGAACCUGAAAAGCCAACCCCAAGAUACAACGAAGAACUGGACAAUUGCUGUGCAGAAUUACUCGAGACCUUAAAGCAGAUGACAAAAAUACAACUGAAAAUGGAAAAGCUUACUUUGACUACUAAAGCAAUCUGUGACUUGGAAGCAUUCCACCAUGGAGCUGGGAAUUGCACAGCACCCUUCUUUCAUACAUGGCCCACACCAUAUUUCUAUGAGGUCUCUUUGAAGCUCUCCGAAAUGUACAAGAAGGAACUACAACUCAAGCAAGCAAUUGUACAAGACAUAGCUCAUUCUGCUGACCAGGAUCUGCUGAUGGUGUAUUUAUCAUCGUGGUUAUACCAGCCUUACAUUGAGAACAGCAGCACACUGCUACUUGAAGCCAUGCUGCUGGAGACAGGACACAGAAAGUGCUAGAAUUCCAAAAGUUACAUGGCUGGCUUCUAAUGAUGCUUACAUGAAACUGAAAUGGCAAAUUGCAAGGCUUACCACGCAUGGUGUACUUGAACUGGCUGCAACCACGGUAGUGUUUGGAGACCUUGAAGCCGACGCUGCGGCACGAGUAGCUUUCUGUCCGUUUACCAUCUUAGAUGUGGGAAUCUUGUUCACAGACACUGAUCCAUGAGAUGGCAAAGGUCUCUGCAUAAGCAACUGAACUGGAGACUCGGAAGAACUAUGCAGGAAUAGCUGCUGCUGCUCAGUUCCUGAAACAGGCUGUAUCCUGAUUAUCUGGGGAUUAAUAAUGCCAAGUCCUGGCAUGCUAGAAUUCCUACCAACCGGCUGACUCAGCGUUAUAGUUUUGGACUGGACUGGUGCCAAUGAUGUCAUUGGCCUUUCAGUUUCCUUCAUCUGUCCUGGCUGAACUUGGACACAAAUGGCUUCCAGCUGCUUUUGUGGAAAAAAGGAAGAGUUGCAAUUACACAAAUACAGUAUUAAUAAAUACAGUACUUAUCAAGAUAA